AUUUGUUUUUUUUUUCUUAUUUUCUCGUACAGAUAAGUAAAAUUGGUAAAAGUGUAUAUAUUCUUUGGUCGCACAGGGGUCCUGAAGUCAUGCUGCGUUGGAUUCUUGGUGUUCGGGAAGCUCAGAGUUCUGUGGAGAAAAGCCCCGUGUUGUGCAUUGGAGAGGAACAGCCCAAAAACUGGUUCACUGAGCUGCAGGUGCUGAAAGGACAUUUUGACAUUGUUCGAUUUCUGGUGCAGAUUGAUGACUUCAGGUGUGCCUCAGCGGGGGACGACGGUCUUGUUUUGGUUUGGAAUGUUGAGACUGGUGAGAAGUUGCAGGAGCUGAGGGGCCAUUCCCAACAAAUAACAGCCAUAACGACCUUCACCUGUGAUAAUGGACACACGUCGCUGCUCACUGCGUCGUCAGACCGAAGUCUCAGUCUGUGGGAUCCUGAUACCGGGAACAGGGUUCAGACCAUUUCAGACCUUCAAUCUUCUGUAAAGGGCUUGCUGGUCUUAGAUCGACUAUCUGUGUGGCUUUCUGGUGGAGAAGACUGUGUGUGGAACAAAGAUUUUCAGCUGCAGUGCCACAAACAGAACCACAGUGACACCGGAAUAACGGCGAUGAUCGAGCUGCCCAAGAACUGCAUAGCAGCUGCUAUGGAUAAAGUCAUAGUUAUUUACAGAUUGUCUGUGUCUGGUUCUGAGAUGUCAUUAGCUGAGAUCCGCUGCCUAUCCGAUCACCAGGAUCACAUUCGAGCUCUCAUCAACGUCAACAAUUUAAUGUUUGCUAGCGGUUCCCGGGGGGAGUUGAUCCUCUGGGACGCGAUUAGUUGGAACAUAUUGGUCUACGAGCACAUCCUGUGGGAAGAGUCGCAGACCUGCACUCCGGCUGAGAUACGGAUGGGCGCACCCAAACCCAGUGAAAUGUCCAUUCAGCACCUGUCCACCAAUGGAAAGUUCAUCUUGGCUGCUGUGGGCAGUGGCCUUUAUCUGUACAGUGUUCAGACUAAGUCCGUGUUGGCCUAUAAGAAGAUUGCCCACGACUCGAACAUCUUACACAGCGUGCUGCUCUCUGAUAGGUAAUAUAUUUUUCUUUACACUAUAGUAUGGUGCUCUUGUAGUAUAGUA